AAUACCUACCGCUACCUCUUCUAUCUGGCCAAGCUUCCAAACGUCCAGCUAAGCAAAUCCCCAGAAACAUCCUUCUUACCUUCGGUACCUCUUACCAAAGUUGGCAAGGCUGAGAAAAGCGUAGCAAUAUUUCGUCGGGAGCUACCCACUAUAGGUACUACUCUAGGCCCAUCCCUUCAAAACCACCCCCCGACAAGUCAACACCACCCAUCAACCAACUCCCAUCUCGUCUUCCAAACCACCUCUUUAUACCUGUCCGCGCUCGAUCUCUCCCUCCCUUUCGUAUCGUAUAUAUCGCGUUAGGUCUCUUUCGCUCGCCCGCCAUGUCUCGACAUCACCCCGACCUCGUCAUGUGCCGCAAGCAAUCCGGCAUCGCCAUCGGCCGCCUCUGCGACAAGUGCGACGGCAAGUGCCCCGUGUGCGACUCGUACGUCCGCCCGACCACCCUCGUCCGCAUCUGCGACGAGUGCAGCUUCGGCAACUACCAGAACAAGUGCGUCGUGUGCGGCGGCGAGGGCAUCUCCGACGCCUUCUACUGCUUCGAGUGCACCCGCCUCGAGAAGGACCGCGACGGCUGCCCCAAGAUCAUAAAUCUCGGCAGCUCCCGGACAGACUUGUUUUACCAAAAGAAAACGAAUCGGACGGGGUACUAGCCUUGACGACGCCCGGGUUGGGCUUCCGCUGGUUGAGGUUCUCGACGCGUACGACGAAACGGAGGUUGCUGGCGCUGUACUUGUCUCAGUAGGAAAGAAGUGGCACGAUUGCUACCGGCAUCUAGAGCGGCGUUCUGAGGUUAUGGCUAA